CAACUCCAAAACAUUAAUUUGGCACCGUUGCUAAAGUUUGAUGGUGUUUUCUAAAUAUGACUAAUUUAAGAUUUCUCCCUCAAUUCAACUAAUAACUCAUAACUGGAUCUUUAUUACAAGAGUGUCGUCAUCCUUUCGCAAAGUAACCAGGUGACUUUGACAAUUUUGCAAAAUGUCUGAAACACAGGAUCCCGAGAGCCCCCCAAAAGGUCACCAGAGCAACAUUGACAAACUAAGACGAAGCAGGGAGUCUCAAGUCUACACUGCAACCAGAGAAACCCUUUUCACACAGGAGACCACACAUAGUAGAAACCAUGCAUUGUCACUUGAUUGGGUCUCUGGCUUUAAUUCGUCGCUUCCCGUAUACAUUUUGCAAGACCACAGUCAGCUGGUGUUCCUCUAUACCGGAGCUAACGUCGGGAUAAUUUACAACCACACCACCAACUCCCAGCAUAUACUCCAGGGGCACUGCUCCCCCAUUUCAUGUAUGUGCGUCAGCAAAGACCGACGCUGGAUCGCGACGGCGGACCUGAGCACUGUCAUAGUGUGGGAUUCAUACUCUGGCAUUCCUGUGCACACGUUGUUCGACUGCCAUCCCAACGGGGGAGUCAGUGCCCUUGGCUUUUCGGCCGACGCCAAACAGCUGGUGACGCUCGGGAAAGAGAGAACUCAGUGUGUGUGUAUCUGGGAUUGGACCAACGACUGCCACGACCCGCUGUGGCUCACAGAACUCAGCCCGGAAUACAGUUAUCAAAAUUACAUCAUUUUUAACCCAAACAAUAGCACCCAGUUGCUGAGCAGCAGUGAAAGCCAAGUGUUAUUUUACACCACGGCACAAAGAAGUUUGCAAUAUGUUCCAUUAAAGGUUAUUAAGCUGGGCGACGCGGCUACCCUGGAACUGAACUCAUCUCUCUUCCCCUAUUCCACGCCCGAGUUCAGCGAGAUCCCUAAACUGGCCGGUGGGGCUCUGAGUCCAUCCGUGUUCCACUGGCGAGACCUCCGAAUCCUAACCCCGUCUAGGGCGGGGGUCAUCGUGAUCUGGGAACUCAUGCAGGACCUGGAUUCCAACCAAAGGCUGAGCCGAGACCACGUGAAGGUCAUCUCUCUGCAGGAGCAUCCCAUCACUGUGCUUGUUGUGAUCGACUACUGCAUUGUGACUGGAGACACGCGAGGCCACAUCAACUUUUACGAUGAAAACAUGCUGCUCCUGACCUGGUUUACUCAUCUGAAUCUUGGCCCGAUUGUUUCUAUUUCCUUUUCGAAAGAGUUUCCAAGAGAAUAUUUGGAAGACGAAACCAUGGAUACCAAGCCACUCCUGGGCAGGAAUUUUUUGGUUUCCUCGUCAACCUCCGGGGUUGUCCACGUGAAUGUGGAAGGCGGCACGUGGCGGGUCUUGAUGGAGGAGAAUUGCGACCCUGCCCACGCCGUGACCUGCAAUCCCAAACAGCCCGUCGCGGUCAUGGGCAACUGCAGCGGCGUCUUAAAACUUUGGGACUACCAGCAAAAGCGGACCAUCUGCAGGAAGGUCUUGGAGAAAGAGAAAGACAUCCAGUGUGUCACUAUUGACCCACAAGGACGUCACCUGGCGGUGGGCUUUGCAAGCGGAGCCGUUCAUUUUCUGGAUGCCAACACAUUACAAAGUGAUCCCAAGGAGUGUUUCGAUUACUCCCCGGACAGCAUCAGCCACAUGAGUUUUUCGCAUGACUCCAGAUACCUUGCCACUGCCGACGUCGGAAAAGCGGUGACGUUAUUUCGCAUGCAGCCGCCUUUGUGGAUCUACCUGGGCAGGUACCGCUCCCACUACAAAGCCAUUACAGACCUCAUGUUUGGGGUUCACCGGGACAGCGCCAAGCCUAGACUGUUCACGCUGGGCCUGGACCGCCUGCUGGUGGAGUACGACGUGGAGAGCAGUGAAGUAGGCCACCUGAUCAUCCUGAGCUCCAAGCGUCUUGACCAGAGCGCGGUGCCUAAGUGUAUGACCUUAUACCCGCCGCUGAGCGCCGAGGAGUUUCUGGUGGUCGCCUCGGACCAAUACAAGAUGAAGCUUUUCAACAGCACCUCCAAGACAUGCAGAAAGACCCUCCUCGGGCCGACGUACGGAAGCCCCGUUAAGAAAAUCAGGAUUCUCCCCACGUCCAAAGACAACGAGAGAGGCACUUACUACAUGGCGUACAUAACAGACGACAAGGUUGGCCUUCAGAUCUUGCCUCUGGACGGCAACCCCUACAAAUCCCAAGCGGUGCUCUGCCAUCCGACCGGCGUGUCCGCCUUCGCCUACUCCAACAACGGACAGUUUCUUUUUACUGCAGGUGGUCCUGACUGCACUGUCUUGCUAUGGCAGAUAAACUACAGUGCCCUGGAAGGAGCAGCAGCUUUGGGAGGAAAGGACCUGGAGCCAUAUUACACUCUUUUAGAGGGAGGCCGGAAUGGAGAAUUCUACAGGGAAAUCGAAGACUUUUUCUAUUACUGCCAAAUUCACAGUCAAGGUCUGGAGUCCAUGGACACGCGACAGCUGUCUCCCAAAAUUCCCCUGACGGAAUUGCCUUCACUCAUGCGGGCUUUGGCCUACUUCCCAACUGAAGAGGAGGUUGAAGACAUGCUAAACGAGGUGAAGAUGGGCCAGUACACAGAAACAGGAGAGUACGUCAUGGACAUCAACCUGGAGGAGCUGAUCAAACUCUACGUCAACCACCGGCCGGCCUUUGGUAUCUCGGCAGAUGAGCUAGCCACAGCCUUUGAGGUCCUCGGCGAGCCUAGCGGCCCCGCAGGACAACCCGUUCUGCACAGAGACAAGAUGUUGGAGCUCCUGCAGAGCCAAGGGGAAGCUAUGACAGAGGAUGAGUUGGCAGAGUGUUUUACGACACUGUUGGGCCUGUUUGAGGUCAGAGACGAGGAAAAUCAGGUCGACUUCUUUAAAAGUGAAGACGUGAGCCACGAAUAUGAUCUGGAGAAUGCCAUCCCGGAGAAAAUAUCCAUGGACAUAUUUACACAUCUCAUCUUGGGCCUCCCUUCGUCCUCGUCAUCGCUGACGCUCAAGAGAGGACAUAAAGCAUCAGAGUUUGAACAGACCAGAACAGAACAGCUUGAUGACGACUAAAUGGAAACUCGAUAACUGAAUGGGAAAUGCAGUGACUCCGAAUUAUUAAUAUUCAUCAUUUACAAAUAAGUACAAAAAAGAAGCAUUGUGCUGUGUUCCGUGUAGUCCCAGAAAUUACACUGUAAUCUCCCCAUAGUGUAAUCAAAAUUUGAGACAAAAUA